GCCAACGUUCAUUGGAGUGAUAUUCAAACGUGUCAGUUUUUGAUUGUUGAUUUUUUAUACUUGCAAUGAUUUUAUUGUUAUUUACUGCAUUCAUUGUAAUAUUAUGUUAUGUAAUUAAUCAAAUAAGGAAGCCUCGAAAUUUUCCACCAGGACCACCAUGGUUACCUUUGGUGGGGAAUUUAAGAGACCUAAAGAAGCUAUCAAACAGUUUAGGCGGACAACAUUUAGCGUUACAGGAUAUGGCUCGACGUUAUAAUACCAAUAUUCUUGGACUUAAAUUGGGAAAUGAUUAUGUGGUAACAGUAUUUUCAUAUGAUAUUGUAAAAACUGUUUUAAUGGGUGAAGAAUUUGAAGGCAGACCGGAUAAUUUUUUUAUUAGACUAAGAACAAUGGGCACAAAAAAAGGAAUUACUUGUACGGAAGGUUCUUUAUGGAAGAUACAUAGAGCUUUUGUUAUGACUCAUUUGCGAAAUUUGGGUUACGGCAAAAACAUAAUGGGUUUCAUGAUUAAAGAAGAGGUUGCUGACAUCUUGGAAUUGCUUUCACAAAAUUUAAAUGUUCAAGUGGGCAAAUUUUUGGCACAAUCUGUAUUAAACAUACUUUGGGCAUUCACAACUGGAACCAGGUUUUCAAGAAAUGACAAUCGUCUAAACAAACUUUUAGAUUUACUGAGUACAAGAUCUAAGGCAUUUGAUAUAUCCGGUGGAACUUUAUCUCAACAUCCCUGGCUAAGGUUUAUUGCGCCAGAAAAAACUGGAUUUAAUCUUAUAUUAAAACUAAAUAAAGAUUUAAAUAAACUUUUAAUGGAAACCAUUAAUGAACAUAAAAAAACUUGGACUGAAGGACGAAAUGAUGACUUAAUAUAUUCAUUUAUUAGUGAAAUGAAGAGGGAAGAUUUGGGUGAUUCUACAUUUACGGAUGACCAAUUGGCAAUGAUAUGUUUAGAUAUUUUUAUUGCUGGUUCUCAAACAACUAGCAAUACUCUGGACUUUGCAUUUCUUGCAAUGAUUCUAUAUCCAAAUGUUCAAACAAAAUUACAUAACUAUUUGGACAACAAAUUGAAGAACACUGAUAAAUUGGAAUAUAACGAACGACAAAGAUUACCCUACGUUGAAGCAGUUCUUUUUGAGAUUGAAAGAUUUUUUCAUGUUGUUCCUAUAUGUGGUCCCAGAAGAGUUUUAAAAGAAACAACUUUGGAAGGAUACAAUAUCCCAAAGGGUACAACGGUUUUAAUAAGCUUACAAUCAAUUCAUGAAGACAAACAAUUUUGGGGAGAUCCAGAAGUUUUUAGACCCGAAAGAUUUUUGGAUAAGGAUGAAAACCUAAUAAUGUAUGAUCGAUUAAUACCCUUUGGGUUAGGUAAAAGAAGAUGUCUUGGAGAAACACUAGCUAGAAAUUGUAUUUUCACAUUUUUUACUGAAAUAAUGAGUAAAUACUAUAUUUCUUUACUGCCUGGUUCCGAUACACCCACUGGACUACCAAUUCCAGGAAUAACACUAUCACCUGAAAAAUAUAAUGCAUUGUUUACUAAAAAAUAUUCUUAGUUGAAUUUAAAAAGUUUUAAUUAAAAACUAUUUGUUAUUUUUUGUUUUAAU